GGAAAGACCUGGCUCCUCGUUUCAUCCGGAAACCGGCGGGCCGGCAGGAAAUGACGAAGGCAGAGGUCGUCCAGGUCCGUUCGGCGACCGGGCCCCGCGCGUCCGGCGAGACUCCGGGGUAAAGAGCCCCGAGCGGAGCAGCCUGGCCGCGUGCCGCCUCCCGAGCCAGCAGCCCCCAUGCCUGGAGGUUACGGGGUGAUGGGUGACGAUGGCUCUAUGGAUUACAGCGUUCAUGAGGCCUGGAACGAAGCCACCAAUGUGUACUUGGUAGUGAUCCUUGUUAGCUUUGUCCUCUUCAUGUACGCCAAGAGGAAUAAAAGGAAAAUUAUGAGGAUAUUCAGUGUGCCACCUACAGCAGAAACUUUAUCAGAGCCCAGCUUUUAUGACACAAUGAGCAAAAUCCGUUUAAGACAACAACUGGAAAUGUAUUCCAUCUCAAGGAAGUAUGACUAUCAGCAGACACAAAAUCAAGCUGACAGCGUGCAACUCUCGUUGGAAUGAAAUCACAGAAAACGAACAACAUAAGUAAUGGUUCAGCAGUCUAGUAGUAAGCUCCUAAAUAUACUAAUCAUGAACAGCAUUUUUUUUUUCAAACCCUAUGUACCUAAAAUCACUUCACUUGUCAUUUCUCCCCAGUUUUAUUUUUCUUUUCAAAAUUACAUCGCCAAGUCAUUUAUUAUACCAAAAGGGGGGAAGGGGAAACAGGGGAAGCACAGACUAUAACCAGGGAUGUGAUUUUACCUUGUGAAGACCUUUGAUUUCUUCAGGAUACAGUCAGUGAGGAAUAGAAAUACAUCUUUGGAAGUGACACUCUGGGAGAGUAUGCCACCGUGAUUUAAACAUUUUUGUGAAAUUCAAAAGUAAAAAUCCAGUCCCUUGGAAGAAUAUCAUCCUCUUCAGUCGUAUUCUGUGAUGAAUGUAAUACAGGUAGUGGACAAAUUGUGUCUCACUGCUGUCCUUACUGUGCUUUAAUGAAUUAACGAUCUUCGCUGCUUCCGAACUUGUGCAGGAGACAGUCUUUUCUACUCUCUGCUAAUUGUGGAAGCUUUCUGUGAUUGGAAUGUUUUCCCUUCAUUGUGUUCCCAGGAGCUUGUUUGCUUUUUCUUUCUUUUUUUUUUUUUUUUUAAAUACCCAGUUUCAUCCCAUCAGAACAGGCUUCUUUGGACCAUGCUGGAGGCAUGCCGUUGAAUAAUAUACACCUGGUGUUGGCAACUUGCUUCUUGGCCGAGUAACUCUCAAGUUUAAUGUGACUGGUUCCUUACACUUCUCUAUUCUAGCAUAAUUAAACUUCCCUGAAAACUCUCCUGUCUUGUACCGUACAUUGAAAUGUUUUUACCUAGUUUUUCAAGUUUAUUUAAAUAAGAGUUGGUGGGAGGUAGUGGCCGGGAAAUUUACUGUCUCCAUCAUUGUCGUAGAAUUAGUUUUUGAAUCCAAGCUUGUCUUGAUUUUAAGAGUUAGAGUUAAUAUUUCAAGGAUUGUUUCCUUUUCCCUUUAUAAUUGUGAAGUAAAGAACAUAAAUUUUAAAUGGAAAGGUUUAGACCAAAUAAAAUUAUGGAGGGAAAUUGCAUUUGCUUUUAAAUUUUAUUAUUCAAAAAUGUCUUUCUUGUACAAGGUAAAUUGUUGACCAAAUGGAAUAACUCUUUCUUGACUCACAGAAGGGUUUGAAUGCACUACCAAUACAUACACUGACUUCAGGACUGUAAACAGUUAAAAUUAUGGGCAGGAGGUCGCAGAGCAGCAAGGGGACAAUCUUCUUAAACUCUGCUUUGCUUUUGGGAAAGCCACUUUAUAUUUCUAUGAACAGAAACUGUAAUCAGGAGCAGGAGCAGUUUCCUUGUAUCACUGACAUGUUGCACAAUCUGGACAAAU